AGCCUUGGGCGGGUUGUCCUUCCUGUGUCUCGGGGUAGGCCUGGCGCUCGCUAUGAGCUUCUUGAAGCGCAUCCCGGAGCCGAGCGAGGGGAUCCGGCUGAGGCAACCCGAUACGGAGGCCGUGCUCGCGGGACGCGGCCUGGGCACCGGCAGCCUCUACAUCGCGGAGAGUCGUCUGUCAUGGAUAGCAGAUUCGGGCCUAGGAUUCUCAUUGGAUUAUCCCAUCAUAAGUUUACAUGCCAUCUCCAGGGAUUUGAAUACUUACCCGUGGGAACAUUUGUAUGUCAUGGUGAAUGCAAAGUUUGAAGUAGAAGAAUCCAGAGAAAGUCCCAUUCCGGAGGAGGAAGAGGAGGAGAGCGACGAUGAGUUUGAACCCAUCUCAGAAUUCCGAUUUGUUCCCAGCGACAAAUCAGCGUUGGAAGCCAUGUUCACCGCCAUGUGUGAAUGCCAGGCCCUGCACCCCGACCCGGAUGACGAAGACUCCGAUGGCAAUUACGAUGGGGAGGAAUAUGAUGUCGAGGCUCACGAAAUCGGUCAAGGCGAUAUCCCGUCCUUCUACACGUACGAGGAAGGCUUGUCGCGUUUAACAGCCGAGGGUCAGGCGACCUUGGAGAGGCUGGAGGGCAUGCUGGCCCAGUCCGUAAGCACUCAGUACCACAUGGCCGGGGUGAGAACGGAAGAGACUCUGAGGGAUUUUGAAGAUGGAAUGGAAGUCGAUGCAGCCCCAGUGGUUACGGGACAAUUUGAAGAUGCCGAUGUUGAGCAUUAAAGGAAGAUUCUAUUGGCGUCUUCAAAGCAGGAUUUCCCCAAGAUUGAGAAGAUUACAAGAAUAAACACAGUUCAACAACCUCUAAUUAGACCCAAACAUGGAGACUCUGCAAAUGGUUUUGUAGCUGCGCUUAUAAAACACGAUUUGACCUUUUUUCAUACACAUAGAAUGCAACACACACACACACAGAGGGGAAGUUACAUCUUGGCUCUGAUCGGAGACUUAAUUAUGGCUUGCAAUUAGGAGAGCCUUUACAUGAAAUAC